GACGCCUAGACCGUCAUUGUACACCACGCCGACGCCAGCUUACACGCUAGGAAAGACACCACGAGUGAUGUGUUUACGACGGAAAGAAGCUCUACAUUAACGUGCUGUGUCGGAGAAUUGCCUAUUAUAAAUUUUCCCGUUUUUAUAGUAAUAAUGUUACCGCAUUGGAAAUAUUCAAUAAUUGAGAAAUGCACAAUGAAAUUGCUGAGACAACUCUCGAAUCACACGUAUUCUCAUACCGUGCUUCUGCCAAAAACAUCUUUCCCUGUACGCCGCCGUAGCAAAUCCGAUAUUGAUGUCGAACAUGAGGAAAGUAGUACAUCUGAGCUGUAUGUAUGGCAGUCUAAGCAAAAGGCAGAAUGCUCCUUUGUUCUACAUGAUGGUCCACCAUAUGCAAAUGGAAAUGCCCAUGUUGGUCAUUCUGUAAACAAGAUUUUAAAGGAUAUAACAAAUCGUUACAAACUGCAAUCCGGUCACCGUAUUGACUUCGUGCAAGGUUGGGAUUGCCACGGGUUACCCAUAGAAGUGAAGGCCUUACAGGCAUCAAGACAGGACUUCAGAAAGUUGUCGCCUUUAAAAAUAAGGGAUCAAGCAAGAAGCUUUGCAUGGGAAGCCAUACAGAAUCAGAAGUCGUCGUUUCAGCGAUGGGGGAUGAUGGCUGACUGGAACAACUGCUAUUAUACUUUGGAUAAAAACUAUGAAGCAACGCAGAUGGAGAUUUUUUACAAAUUGUAUGAAAAGGGUUAUGUCUAUCAAGACCUGAAGCCAGUGUAUUGGUCCCCUUCAUCUAGGACAGCAUUAGCAGAGGCUGAGCUGGAAUAUAAUGACAGUCAUGUCAGUUCUUCUGUUAUUGUUAAGUUUCCCAUGGUAUCAGAGACUCUGCCUACUGGUUCGCUUCAAAAAGUUUUCAAUAUUCCAGUAUAUGCACUGGUGUGGACGACAACACCAUGGACAAUACCAGCUAACCAAGCUCUUUGUUUUGCCAAAGAUAGAAGCUAUUCAAUAGUUCGAUGCAGUAGUAGUGACAAAGAGUUCCUCAUGGGAGAUCACUUCCUCAUUGCUACAGAAAGAGUAGCUGAUAUGGAGCACUCUCUGAACUCAAAGCUAGUUCACCUAGUUAAGUUGGAAGGAGCAGAUCUUGCUGGCUGCACCUACAGACAUCCGCUGUGUCCGGAUAGUGAGCUACCGUUCUUGUCUGGAGUACACGUGUCCAUGGAGAGAGGCAGUGGUUUAGUUCACACAGCCCCAGCUCAUGGUCCAGAAGAUUUUUUAAUUGCCAAAGAACAUGACCUGAAACUGGUUAGCCUUGUGAAUGAAGAUGGAUGCUACACAUCAGAGGCAGGAGAGAGUCUCGUUGGCCAACAUGUUAUCAAGCAAGGAAACAUCACUGUCAUGAAUCAACUGAAGGAUGCAGGAUUGUUAGCCCAUUCCGAGGACCAUGUUCAUAGUUAUCCAUAUGACUGGAGAACUAAACAGCCGGUCAUCUUCAGAGCCAGCAAGCAGUGGUUCAUUAACACUGACAGGCUCAAGUCUCUAGCACUGGAUUGUCUAAAUUCAGUAAACAUCCAUCCAGAACAAUACAGGCAGCAGAUGGAAUCAUUGUUGAUGAAUCGGCCAUCUUGGUGUAUAUCAAGGCAAAGAGUUUGGGGUGUGCCACUGCCUGUUUUCUACUGUGUUGACACUGGCGAACCCCUUAUAAACAGACAUACAGUGGAGCACAUAGAGAAUCUGAUUAGACAGCAUGGAACUGACUGCUGGUGGGCUAUGACAGAAGAUCAGCUUCUGCCUUCUAGCAUCAUGGAAAAAAUUGGCAUUCAGCCAGAUAGAGAAUUCAAGAAAGGUGCUGACAUUUUAGAUAUAUGGUUUGAAAGUGGAGUCAGCUGGGCUACUGUGCUCAAAGAUCAUGAAUAUCAGGCAGAUUUGUGUAUUGAAGGUAUGGAUCAGAUUAGGGGCUGGUUUCAAUCCUCUCUUCUAACAGCUGCUGCCCUCACUGGAAAACCACCUUACAGGAAUUUGCUCAUCCACGGUUUUACCGUGGACGAGAACGGCAACAAAAUGUCAAAGUCUCAGGGAAAUGUCAUUGAUCCUCAGACAGUGAUAGAAGGUGGCCAGAACAAGAAGAAGCAGCCAGCCUAUGGAGAGGAUGUUCUGCGGUGGUGGGUAGCCUCCCACGCAACUAAUGCCACCAGCAUUACUAUUGGCAGUACGCUGCUAACCACCCUGGCUGAACAGGUUCACAAGAUUCGCAUAGUUUUGAGAUUCCUACUGGGAGCCCUGAAUAACUACGAUCACCGUACUGAUGGUAUACUAGUGCAGAAUAUGCCAAUGCUUGAUCAGUACAUGCUUCACCUACUUACCAAAUACAGCCAAUCCAUGAACAAGCUCUAUGAGGCCUAUGAGUACAACAAGGUGGCUCGUGAGACACUGCACUUUAUAACGUCAGAGGUGUCUGCCUUUUACUGUCAUCUCGUCAAGGACAGAUUGUACUGUGAAAAACAGCGAUCGGUGGAAAGGCGAUCCUGUCAGACUGUGCUGUUUCACAUGCUAGAGAUUUGUGCUCGUCAUCUCGCGCCGAUCCUACCCCAUCUCACUGCCGAGGUAGCCACACACCAUCCGUGCAGCGAUAAGCCCAACCUCUUUAGAAGUCAGGAAUUUGCUGAUACCAUGUGUUGGGAGAAUACAGAAGUUGAGAACAUAAUGAAAGCUGCCCUGGAGAUCAGAGAUGACUUCAACUCUAACAAGGGAGAAGUAAACCCCCGUGAGUUAGAUGUAUUGCUGUUCGCCACUGAGGAUCUAUAUGAAAAACUCAAGCUACUGCAGACAGAGGAGGUGACCAGUACCAUGGGUAUGUGCGAGUUGCUGCAAGUUUCGCACCUACGCCUCACUAACCUUCCAGUCUCUGUAACACCGGAGGAUGCAGUUUCUGUUCUACAGGGAAUCUGCCACGUCAGCUGCAAGGAAGGCAGCAAUGAGGAGCGAUACACACUAGUGAUCUCAGCCACUCAGCAUUACCAGUGCGGCAGAUGUCGCAUGUACACGUCCGACGAGGAUGGCCAGCUAUGCCAGAGGUGUUCAGACAUGCUUCAACAGCAGAGCAGCUAACCUUUUCAUUCUUGUGAAAGUAAAGAUAUAUACAUUGUGCUACAUGGCGUCCUAGUCGCAUAAUAACAACAUUCUGGUGCAGCAGUGACAUCCUAUAUAUUAGAAUGCUAUCUUGAAUGCCGUGCAGAUGUUGGAAUUUAGUGGAUAUUGUACAGACUUAAUUGCUGAUUGUGAAAACAAGAUUUAUUUGUUCAUUCUUUGUAAUUUUGUAAAUAAAGAAUGGUGUGAAAUUUAA